GCUUCAGGACAAAGAGCUGACCAUGUUUUCCAAUCUCUGUGCUGAUCUCCACUUGCAAAAUGCAUCGCGCUCGUGGGCCUGCAGGUCCGACUUACACUGCCUCUGUGGGCUGCACGUUGCGACUUGCACCGGACCCGUUAAUACCUGCUUGCAGGUCUAGUUUCGCUUGAAACGCUAUUAUUUGUGCAAGGCGGAACUGUUCUGUUGAGAUUCGUAGGGAAGGAUUUUCGUAUCGGACACGGUUGCUGCUUACAUUUUUCUGAACAGAAACUACACUGCAGGUGGAGGGAUGAGUCUCUCCACUGUGAUUGGCACAGAAGUGCCAGAAACCGCUAACGGGGUUGUGACGCCUGUUUCUUCAGAGAACGGCCCUCACGUUCCGCUCUCAGUAAAAUGUGGGGGGAGCAGAGUGCUCUGUCCUGGGGAGGCAUCAGAGGAUAGAGCCCUUGGACACACACAGAACCAUGUAGAUGUGGAAAACAGAGUUUACGAUGGCGAAGGCCGCUUGGAUACUGAGACGAUCAAUAAUGAGAGAACAUCUGAUUUAUCAUCACACACCUUCCAUGUGUCAGACCCCUCCUUCCCUGCUGCCACAUGCACAGGAGACUCAGAAUCAGGCUCCAAAGACACGGACAUUGCUAUGGCCUCUAACACUGUUAAGACUCCUGGUGCAGCUUUGCUAUGGUACUCAGAACAGCAAGCUCAUUCCAAAGACUCAUCUCAGCGAGGAGGCCCUGCCACCACAUACAGACAGCAGACAGAGGCAAAGACCGUAGAUGGAGGCACUGACAGCCGAGAGAAGGAGGAGGAGGAAGAUGGAGAGAAGGAGAAACAAGAUGAGGAGGACGAUGAGAAGAAUGACAAAAAGUGGAUUCAUCAGCAUGCAGGAGGGAGAACAGAGUCUUCACGACACUACUCCUCCUCAGCCCCUGGUCCUAGCACCUCUUCCUCUCCUCCACCUCUUCUUCCCUCAGAUGAUGCCCCCUGCCCUCCCCACAUCAUGGCCCAGGUUUGGGUACGCAAUGUCAGGGGGAUGCAGGACAGCAAGAGCCUGGAUGAAAUCAGUCAAGUGUGUGGAGGUGGUUUGGGGGCCCGGGGAGGGGGCAGAGGUGGCCAGUCAGAAGGCCGACGGGCCACUAUCUCCUCGGCUCUGGAGCUAGAGGGGACUGUCAGCCAUGAAGGAGACCUGACUAACUUCAUCACUAAGAACCUGGAGCAGAAAAUCAAGAUGAGCUCCAAGCCCAGUCUGGACUGCAGUGACUCGGACUGUUCAGGUCCAAUCUACCGAAGCCGGGGGUUGUCACGCAGACCAGCGGAUAUCCCUCCCAUUGAUCCUGCUGUCCUACUGGAUCUUCAGAGACACACCCAGGAAGUGGCGCACAGUGUUGAGAUGAUGAUGCGGAGCCUCAAUGGAACUAUCCAGAAUAUGACAGCUCUGAGUGUGGGUUACAUCCAGACCUACAGAGACUCAGUUGACAGCCUGGGAGAGUCUGUGGACAUGAGUAUAAAGGGCAUGUACACACUGAUGGCUCGCUGUGAGGAGUUGGAUCGUUCCAUGCAGCCCAUACAAACACUGGCUGCACAGAUCCGUGACAUCAAACGCACCCUGGAUGCUCUGGAGGGGAUCUGCAAGUAACCCCACCCAACAUCAAGCACAUGCUGAAUGAGGCUGUCUGCAAGUAAGCCCACCUUUCUGCAGGUAGCACACACACACUGCAGUGAAGAUUAAGUGCGCCUCUGGAUUCUUGGAACCAUUGCUACUAGGCAUGCUGGAUGAUUGGCGCUCAUAGUCCCUCCUCUUAUUCAUCAAAAGGAAGAUGACCUUGUUUGUGUUGUGAGAUUUCAGUUGAAUUGAACUUUGCUCUCGGGGGUUAGCUUUCACUUCCUUUUUUCUGUUUUUAAGCAACCUCACUUCCUCUAUUGAAGUUGCCAUGAAACUAAAUCUCACAAAUUAACCAGUUUUGGAGACACUUGAUCAAAUGCCCUGGACACUCUCACUCACUCACUCACUCACUCUCUCUCUCACACACACACACACACACACACACACACACACACACACACACACACACACACACACGUACAAAAA